AUGUUUGGUGGUAGAAGCUUUAGAACCAAGAAACAACAGUUGGCUUAUGAAGCAUCGAUAGCUGGUAGAUAUCAGAAAAGGCUAAAUAAAAACCCAUUUUUAUAUUUUGGAUUACCAUUUUGUGGAUUAAUAGUAUUAGGGACGUUUUGGUUAUCAGAAUUUACCUCUGUUAGGUAUGAGCAGAAAGAUCGUAAGAUUCAAGAAAUGAAUGAGAAAGAGAUAAUCAACUUGAAAACUAAUAAACGUCAGUUUGAUAUCAAAGAAGAGUACUAUCGUAUGCAAGGGAUUGCAGAACAAGAUUGGGAACCGGUUAGGGUUAAAAGAUUAGAAGGAGAAUCAGAAAAUGUCUGGUAA